AUGGAUGCCUUGCUCACUCGCGUCGAGACAAUCUCGUCCACCCUUCACUCCCAGCUCCCCCCGCACGUGCAGCCCUACCUGACGCGCGAAAAUCUCCAGUCAUUUUUGCGGCUGGUGGUGUUGCUCGCGACGUACCUCCUCUUCCGACCGCAUCUGGAAUCGCUGAUGCGCAAGAUCAGCGGGAAGCCAGACCCGCGCCAGGCCGAGAUCGAGGCGCGUCUCGCCUUCCUCAAGAAGCAGCGGGAGGGUACAGUGGCCACGACAGUGGUGAUGCCAGGGACGCAGCCCGGCGAUGGCGCCAAGAGGAAUACCCAGGUCGUGGCUCGCGACGGCAAGAUCGUUGGCUUGGUCAAGCCCGAAGAGGGGGGCCAGAAGAGCAAGGGCAAAAAUGCGGGAAAAAAUAAAUCCAAAAAAAGCAGGGCGAACUGA